UGAAGUAUACGGUGAAAUCGAAUGGAUAAAGAGCACGCCACACCUCAGCCAAAGCGUCGCUUUGGGCUGAGCAUGCCCAAGCGUGGGGCCAUGUCCACACCAGGCUUGCGGAUUGAGGACAAAACGCGCUGUAAUGAAGGUACGCCACUUAACAAGCCCAGCAAAGCGAUCAGAUGCAAUUACGAUCACGAGGAUGCAGAAGACACGCCACGCGCCUUGCCAGUAACGUUGAAAGCAAGUACCACCUCCAGCAGCCACCGACUUGGCUUGUCCCGUCCUCGAAAGGAACUGAGAAAAAAGCGACUGGAGUUCUUAGAACAAAAUUCCGAGCUGGUAGAAAAUGAGGCUCCGAAAAAGAAACGCAAAACCGAGCCACUUGCGUUGCCAAAGGCUCUAGCUGACGCAGAUGCGGCUACGCUCACAUUAUACCAAUCAAGACAGCGCAAAAUCUUAGAACUCGAGAACGACAUCAAAGUCUGGCGUAGAGGUUUUAACGCAACCAUUUCCGACUUGCAAGCGCUUAAAGAGCCCCGACCUACCAAGCAGGACGUACUUGGCCAGCUGGGCAUACCACUAGAAAUGCUGCAGCAUCUGGACGAAGACUGUUAAUUUAACUAUAACUAUAUAUUGUACAUAAACAAUAGUAAUGUACUGUUAAAUGUAUUAUAACAAAAAUACAAAUGAAUUUAUUUUAACAA